GGGACUAAACCCUGGAAUUAACGGAGAGUGUGUGAACGCAUCAUUCAACACGUGGAUUCUCUCUCUGACAGGUGGCUAAGCUAACUUGCUAAGUGCGAAGCUCGUCGUCACUGUAGCUAACGAGGGGGAAAGCGCUGAACGACUGCGUCGUGUUUUUAAAAGCCUGAGCUGAGAUUCCCAUCGUUUCAACAUGGUCGUGGACGACAUCCAGUUCAUGAGCAUCCUCAAGGGGAAACGCGUCAAACUGACCCUGAAGACUUCGUCCUUCCUCGGCGUCGUCCAGCGAAUAAACUCCAACAAAACGCUGGUUCUGGCGGACGUUGUUAGUGUCAGUAAUGGCUGCAGAUUCCCGGGCUCCAAAAUAUUCUUUGGGCAUGAGAUUCUCAAUGUGGAGUUUCACAAUGAAACAAACAGGGACCAUGGAAAUAUCAAUGAGUGCAGACCGGAGGACCACUUGAAUGUGGAGGAGUUUCAGCCGUACAGGAAGUCAAUGAUCAUGGACCACGAUGAUGAGGAAGAGGAGGAGUACAUCAACUUCGUAGUCAUCGAUGAGUUUCAUGAGAAGUUUGGGCCCGCUGUGAUGCACAUCAAGAAGCAGAAUGUGAUCAGUGUAGGGGCUGAUGGCCUCGAGGUGCUUCAGAAUGGGAGACUGUGUUGGCUGCAGAUUGCCACUAAAAACAAGGUAUACUUGUUUGAUAUUCUGCUUCUUGGAGCCCGGGCCUUUAAGAAUGGCCUCUCUAUGAUCCUGGAAAAUAAGCAAAUAUUAAAGUGGAUGUGGAUUCCGGCGCAGGUGAUGCACGACUGCCGAGCCAUUGCUGGAUGUCUGAUUGCUCAGUUUGGAGUUAAGCUGACCAACGUCUUUGACACACAAGUGGCAGAUGUCAUGUGCUUCUUCUCAGAGACAGGCGGGUUUCUACCUGACAGAGUCAGUACUCUGCAGGAAGUGGUGAGUCUCCAUCUGAAGGUACCGUCCUCCCAGCUGUUAUCCCUUCGGAUGAAGUCACAGCUCACCAAGGAUGAAAGAGAGAUGUGGUCCAAGCGCCCAUGUCCUGUCCCCUUGCUGAAGGUGAUGGCUCUGUCAGUGAUCCACCUGCAGCCUCUCAGACUGGUGUUGCUGGAUAAUCUGAUGGUGGACUACAUGACACUGGUGGAUUCAUACCUUCACAGCAGCCAGUAUGAACCUGAUGGAUUGGAGAAUGUCAGCAUGGAGGGUGUGGUGGAGUUGCCCACAGAACUCAGGCAGCUGCAGCAAAUGCAUCAGGAGCGUCAUGAGUGGGCUGCGAACCACUACCCCAUCACAGAGCAGGGUCUGCUCGCUCGCUUCAAACACCAAACCAAGAUUCCAUCCCAGACCCCACCUGCACCAGAAGAGGUGAGUCAGACACAGACAGGCUCCUGUGAACCUGCAACUGUGGAUUCACCAUCAACAGCACAACUGGACCUUCUCUCUUACCAACAACCCACACGCCCCCCAAGUGUUUCCUCUCUUGAUGUCCAUGCCUCUUCUGACCUGCCAGCACAAGUGUCAGUCGCAGCCACAGUAUCAGAUUUUGGGAAAGAAAUGCCCUCCAUCAGUCUGAAUGUGGGUGUAGGCAGAGGUUGCACAGACAUACUGAUGAACACAAUAGGUAGAGGAAGGCUCCCUGGAAAAGAGCAGUCAGCCCAAUAUGUCUUACCUGCCAUAGGGAGAGGCCUUUUCUUCCAGAUGCCACCAGCCCAGAUCCCCAAAGCGAGUGCUGGGGACAUCAAAAGUCCAGGCAGGAUGGAGAUGAUGCCUUCAUGGCCCAGCCUCACGCCCUCCCAGUGGGUGACGUCCCAGCCUGGCACCAGUGCUACUGACCUCCCUAAGGAUACUUCUGGCAUGAAAGGCAACAUUUCCACAGUGACUCCCCAGACUUUCUCACCUUCACUGUGUCAGAAGUUCAGAUCUUUCACAGGUUAAAGUAGGUGUCACAAAUCCACCUGCUUUAAAAAUGUUUGACGUUCUAGACCUUGUGUUUUCUUAGAGGGACCAGUAGAUGGCAGUAAAUAUCCUGUGUUCUGCAAAAGUUGGUUUGAUAUCAGGUGUUCAUGAAAAAUAAUUUCAGUUUGGAGAAAGAAGAAAAGAUUUUGUUGUUGUAAAAAUUGCAUACCAAUUCACUUAAAAUAUAUUUCUAUCGUUUGUGAAAAAGGCUUCCUUGUUUAUAAUUGUACUUGUAUUAUUCUUUAA